AAACGAGUGUUGACCGACCAAGUUUGUCUACUCUGGGGCACCGUAGUGACUCUCCCCGGCCGGACCGGGGCCGGGUAGAGUUGAGCCAGGUGGCUAGCCCCUGGCUCAGCCUAGGAGACCCAGAUGGCUGCGGUGUUUUUAGUAACACUCUAUGAAUACUCGCCGCUUUUCUACAUCGCGGUGGUCUUUACCUGCUUCAUCGUGACUACUGGCCUGGUAUUGGGAUGGUUUGGUUGGGAUGUUCCAGUAAUUCUGAGAAAUUCGGAAGAAACACAGUUCAACACAAGAGUUUUCAAAAAGCAAAUGAGACAAGUCAAGAAUCCUUUUGGCUUAGAGAUCACUAAUCCAUCUUCAGCUUCAAUUACAACUGGCAUAACUCUGACAACAGACUGCCUUGAAGAUAGCCUCCUGACAUGCUACUGGGGGUGCAGUGUUCAAAAAUUCUAUGAAGCUCUGCAGAAGCACUUUCAUUGCUUCCGAAUAAGCACUCCCCAGGCAUUGGAAGAUGCUCUGUAUAGUGAAUAUCUCUACCAAGAACAGUAUUUCAUUAAAAAGGACAGCAAAGAAGAAAUAUAUUGCCAGUUACCCAGAGAUACAAAAAUUGAAGACUUUGGGACAGUGCCCAGAUCACGCUUUCCAUUGGUUGCACUGUUAACCUUAGCUGAUGAGGAUGAUCGAGAAAUUUAUGAUAUUAUUUCCAUGAUAUUAGUGAUUCAUAUUCCUGAUAAGACUUACAAACUCUCCUGCAGAAUAUUAUACCAAUAUUUGCUCCUGGCUCAAGGUCAAUUUCAUGAUCUUAAGCAACUCUUCAUGUCUGCAAAUAAUAAUUCCACUCCUGCCAGCAGUUCCUCUCCAGAAGCAAGAAGCACAGAACAAAGUUUGUUGGAAAGGGCUGGACUGUCUGAAAGUGAAGUGGAACCUCCAGAGGAAAAUAGCAAAGACUGUGUUGUCUGCCAGAACGGACCUGUGAACUGGGUGCUCUUGCCGUGCAGACACACGUGCUUAUGUGAUGGUUGUGUGAAGUACUUCCGGCAGUGCCCAAUGUGCAGGCAGUUUGUUCAGGAAUCAUUUGCACUCUGCAGUAAAAAAGAACAAGAUAAGACAAACUGAAAUGCCCUUUGAGGAUGUUACAACUGAAAAGUAUACCUUCUACUGAGGAUGCAGUGAUUUGUGUCCUUGGAAUUUAUCAUGGCAUGGAAUCUACCAUAUUGACUGUCAGUGAAAAUUCUAUUUCAGUGUUCUAUUUGUAUAGUACUUGGGUGGUGAAAAUUAAUUCUCAUACUGGAUACCAUCUGUGUUAAUACAUACAAAAUUUGUGCAACUCUUGAGAAGAAUGUAAAUGUUUGGCCUUUUACCAGCUAGAGGAUUUCAUUUAGUAUUGAUUCAGAAAAUUCUGAAAAGCAAUUUAUCUAAAAUUUAACAAGGUAAAAAUUAUAAGUUUUCUGAAUGCUUUUCUUUAGGUAUAAUCUGGUCUAAUUAGGGGAGGAAAAUGGAAUUUGUCUUCAAGUAAUUGGGUGUUUCCCAGUUUACAAAGGAGUUGGAAAGGGAUUCUAACUUAUAUCCUUCCCUGAUAUAUCAGUCUGAUAAAUAUUCUCUGCUUGGCUUCUAAUUUUCUGUAUAAUUAUAGUAUUAAGACAUACGCAUAGGUCUUUUUUUUUUU